AUGAUUGAUUAGCUUCUAUAAGACAAUGGAUUGCUGAGGAAAUAAAUUCCGAUUGGAUCAUAAUCUUUAUUUAGAGCUAUAUCAGAUGCUCUUUAUUUUACUACAUCACAGCAUGCGUAAAUUAGUUAAAUGUUGGUCCAAUAUUUGGAAAAGUAGAUAGCUUUAAAUCUCAUUCCCCAAAGUUUAUCAAUCUUAAAAACAAACUAAGCCUUAAGAAAUGAUUAUUGUAAACAGCCCAGCUUCUCAAGUUUCGAUUAAAUCAAUUUACAAUUAACAUCCAUGAUGUUUCGUGUUAAGAUAAACCUAUAUUACAUUCAAGAUAAUAGAUUGAUGUGUAGAGUUUACAACGAUCAUCAUUUAAGAAUGAUAGAGUUAUGCAGAGAUGAUAAUAAUCAUUACGAUUGUGUGUAUUCGAAAGAAUUCAUAUAAAAUGCCACAUUAGUGCAAUAAUUAAUCUAUGAAUAAAUAAACAGCAUCAUAGGAUUGAAGACUGAUGUGCCCAAAAUAUUCAAGAACAUCGAAUAGGAUAUCUGGAUGAAUGAAAAGGUGUUCAGUGAUGUUAGAUCCACCAAAAAGAUUCGAUCGAACUCGGAACAUAAGAAAGACCAAUAGGAUUUGCUCCUAUCUGAAUUAGAAAACAUUUAAAAGAAGUAACAUGAAGAAGACUCAACUGAAGUCUAGAUUAGUAAUCUGAAAAGUAAUCCUCCAGGAUUAGAUAAUAGUUCUAUUAGAACAAAUCAAAGUAGUACAACUCCAAGUAAUAAACCUGUCAUUUUAGAGGUUCCAACAACCAGAGAAACAGGAAAACUGAAAUUCUUUGAUGAAUAGAAAAGCUAUGGAUUUAUUGUCUUGGAUUCUGAUAAUUCAGAUGUAUUUGUCCAUUUGGAUGAUUUAUAAAGAGCAGGAAUCACAAAAGAAGACUUAAGAAAAUUAGGCUCAUGUUUCAGAUCCUAAACUUAAGUGAAUCAUUAUGGAAGAGGAAAUGAAAAACCUCCAUCAUUUUCAUUUUAAUUAAUGACCUAUGUUGGUAAGUAUAAUAGAAGUAGAAAAGCAGUUGAUUUAAAAUUAAUAAAUGAAUUAUGA